UGCUGCAUCUUGUCCCCUUGCCAAAUGGAUGCAUCAUCAAUCGCGAUGAAGAUACACAUCGAACGAGAAUGAGAUGGAGUUUUCAGCUACGAGAGCACGUGAAAGAAAAGUCCCAGCCAACGAUCCAGCGACAGGACUCGUAAAGCAAACGACAGCAACGCUUCAAGAAAUCGCACAGUACCUGACGACACAAAAGACGCAUCGCGAGGUUCGCGCUUUUGGCUAUCAUCUAUUAGCUUACUGUCAUAUUGUCAUCGACUAUGCCCAACAACUUGAAGCUGCCCCUGAGAAUACUCUAGCACAUACCAUUCUGCAAUUUUACGAAUCUUUGGUCACAACUACUGUCGACUGGAGUUCGCUAGGGCUUGAGAACUCCAAUUGCUAUCCCCGAAUACAAGCUCUUCACAGAUGGUGGGGAAGGACACCUCAGGAUUUACAUGAAUGGCCAAAAUACAUCAAUGUCGAGGCCCGUAUCGACACAAGUGCAUUCUUGAAAUCUCUGGACGAGUGGGAGACUGUUAUCAAGAAUAAAUCUCUGGAUUACAAUUCAUCUACAAAGUAUGGACAGCGGAACAAGAUUUCGAAAAGCUUUGUUCUUGAAAUACCUAAAGCAGCGACAUCCCUGUUUCAGACUUUGUCGACUACGGUCAAUGCGACAUGUAAAUGCCAUAAAUCGAAAGAUUUCAAUGCACGCAUUGGCCUCAGCACUCACCGAAAGUCAUUGUCCGAUGAUGGGCCCGACUUUGAUAUGUUUUGGAGUUUCGGCAAUGUGGAACAGUCAAAACUAGAAAAAUGGCUAGAAGCACAUGUUCAAGUGUCCGAAUUACCAGUAUAUUCCCCUAAGACACAUGAACCUACUGUGCGAUUUCAAUUGCCUUCGGUCAAAACAUCAGCGCACAUUGAAAGAUGCCCAAGCAAUUACAAGCGUACAAAAACCAUAUGUGCGCCGAUGAGCAUUCGCAAUAAAGCCACCUCAAAAUGUCUAGAAAUGACGUUGGAAGAAGAUUCAUUGCUUUGGAAAUUCCCUCCUACCAAAAGACGCAAGAACUUUGACCGGUUCGAUGACCGAAAACCCGCUGUCACCCUUCGAGAUAUCAUCGCAAAUAAUACCGAAUCUUUGAGCAGAAAAAGUAUCGGGAUAAUAUCGAUUCUGAUCAGCUACUCUGUGUUGCACUUCAGCGAUACUCCUUGGUUACAGCAGAAUUGGGACUCUCGAGAUGUUUUGUUCUUCUAUACGUCUUCGAAAGCUGUGCCAAUCAAGCCUUAUCUUCAGGUGCGGCUUACGGAAAACCCGUCCAAUGGCUCUUCCCAUUCAUCCGACACAGACAUAAUCAUUGAAGAUAACUUUGACGAUGAUUUGACGUCGCAUCCAUUUCCAAUCGCCGUUUCAUUGGCCAUUGUGCUCCUAGAGCUAUAUUUAGGGAAACCUUUCCCAACGUUGACGCAUCAAUAUGACGCGGAGUGGCGGGAUGAAGGGAUGCUGAAUAAUUGGAUGACAGCUGCCUCUUUGUUCGAUAACUAUGAGGCCGGAAAUCAGGAUAAGGUAUCAGAGAAUCCAGGAUUCCAUCAUGCAAUCAAGCAGUGCUUGAAUCAGGCAUUUUGGUUAGACGAUACUGGUAAACGAUAUACUGACACGAAGUUGAGGGAAAUGAUUUACCGUCACAUAAUACUGCCAUUAGAGGAAGAGUUCAGUAAAGCUUUUGCCUAUGUCAAAGUGGAGGAACUUGAUGCAUAUGCAUGGGACGUGGAUCUCAAGUACGGACAUGAGAUAUCGGACUCUCACAUAUGCAGUAAUAUUGUUCAUUGUAUAUGUAAAGCUCAGAAUACGGCAUCGGCUUGCUUGAUGUCUUGUCGAAAUGACUUUGGGGAAAUUCGACUCGAAAUGGGGGCAAGAAGAACUGUCAUUCCCGGCCAGAUAAAAUCUAGUAAGGUCAGCCAUUCAGGUGGGGUAUUCCAUGACGAUACGACGCCAGAUGAGGGUUGUACAGAAUUGCAAUGUACGGGAUAUGCAGCUUGGAAGAACGAAUUUGAGAAUGUGUAUUUCGAGUUUAUAACAAGGCCGAUGAGCAAAUCCUUUGUUCCACCACCUGUCAAGAUUGCUAUCCUAGACACGGGCGCAGAUCGGUACCAUCCUAAAUUACGAACCGGCAACAUACAGGACUGUCGAAAUUUUGUACCAGGCCAAGAUAUCAACGAUAUUUCGGAUAAUUCAGGUCACGGAACACAUAUUACCGGUAUUUUCAUCGACUAUGUACAACAUGCGGAAAUAUAUAUGGCGAAGAUCUCAGGCGACGACAAACUUGACCCACGAGUCAUUGCCCAGGCAAUCAAAUAUGCUGUGGACGAAUGGGAAGUUGAUGUCAUAUCGAUGUCUCUGGGCUUCUCCAUGCGAGUGGAUGGAUAUGAAGACCUUGAAUGUGCAAUCAAGUAUGCGGACGACUCAGCUCUCAUAUUCGCUGCUGCCUCAAACGGAGGUGGUAACACUACACGAGACUAUCCUGCACGAGACAAGCAUGCCUUCUGCAUUCAUUCAACUAAUGCUUAUGGCAACCGAUCAGACUUCAGUCCAACAGCUCUGGAGAACGCAUGCAACUUUGCGACCAUCGGAGAGGCGGUCCGUUCAGCUUGGCCAGAAAGUCUAUAUACUCAUACAGGGAAAAUGUGGGACAGAACAUUCGAGCUCCAUAAGUCAGGGACUUCAUUCGCUACUCCAAUAGCAGCCAGUAUAGUAGCCUUCAUACUGCUAUUUGCUAAGUUGCAUCUCCAGGACGACGAUGUGGAAAGCCUUAAAAGGCAUUCAACGAUGGAGUCGAUUCUUCUUGAGAUAAGUGCGCCGAAACGAGGUGUUAAGAAGCGCGACGAAUAUGAUUAUCUCCAUUUGAGUCGACAUCCUCAUAAUUUCUUCUCAUUGAACGAGGAUGUAGAAUCGAUCAAAAGCAGGAUUCGGGCAAUAAUUCGGUCCUCCGGGUGAUAUAAUUAUAUGCAGUGGGUGUAAUUUAUACAGUAAACGACUAUUAUGCAGUCAUCCUAAAAUUCAAUCUGCAAAGUCUGGAGUAAUUUGACCUGUAUGAG